CCGGUUUCCGCCGGAAAAGGUUUCGUCCCGGUCCAUACGGAUCUGUAUCUUCUGUCUCUCUUUCGUUUAGGUAGCGCGUCACUGAUCCGGUACAGAACCGGACCGACACCGAAGCUGAACGAUAAACUCCUGUCCGGUUUUGUCAGUAGGUGUUGCGUCUCGAUGCAGAUGCUCCGGGUGAAAUGAAUAAGCCUCUGUCAGGACCCCCCUCUGGCCCUCCCCACCCCUCCGCCCCGAUACCCGCACCCUCCCCGGGCCUGUCCCAGCCCGGUUUUCCUCCCGGCCCUCCUUCCUUUGUUUUCAGCACCCCUCCGCCACAGAUGAACCCCACCGCACAACCCCGACAGUUUGCCUCAGGUCCUAGAGCUUUACCACAGCAGGGAGGAUUCAGGUCAUUGCAGCCGUACUUUACCAGUCGGCCAACUUUACCCACCAAUUCUGGGCGUGUUCAACCAAGCUCCGCCCCUCGAUCCAUCCCGCCUCCCCACGGGGCACGCCCCACACAUGUAUUCCAGCCAAGCCCCUCCCAGAUGAUGAUGAUUCCCCAGCAACCAAUCAGCUUCACGAACUCGCAAGGUGCCGCCUACUAUAUUCCUGGCCAGUACCGCCCCUCAUACGUGACCCCUCAGCAGUAUCAGGUGGCCGGAUCUCCUGGUUUCUAUACUGGCUCAAGCCCGGCUGAUUACGCUGGGGCGUAUUACCCUGCCCAGCCCCAGUUCACGCCUCCUGUUGCCCCUGCGCCUGUUAUCCUGAACCCCGCCCCCCAGCAGCAACAGGCCCCGCCGCCUCCACAGCAUCAAGCACCGCCCAAACGAGAGCGUAAGCAGAUAAGAAUCAGAGACCCUAAUCAGGGUGGUCGUGACAUCACAGAAGAGAUCAUGUCAGGAGGUCGCAGUGGCUCGACACCUACACCUCCACAGUCAGUGCUGCCCGGCUCGGACGUAUGUAUCGUCACGCUGCCCAACGGUGACAACCCCAAACCUGAGGUCAUCAUGACAACCAGAGCGGAGUUUCCCAUCCCUCCAGGUGAAAGCCCCGUUCCUGAUGCCCCGCCCACUCCACCUCCCACCAGUUCAGUAAGUGACACAGUAGAUGCUCCGCCCCCUGCCGAUGAUGCCCAUGUGACGACCGCUGUGAUGGACACGCCCACAGAAGUGAAAUGGCAAGGCAAGAUUAUAGCGGUAUCCGCCCCCUCUAGUUCUAACGGUUCUGAAGCCACGCCCUCUAAAGAUAAAGAGGAGGGGCUUGUGACUGCCACCCUGCCUUUCCUCCGGACGGAGCCAGCACUUGAAUCUCCAAUAGUGCAACCCGAAGAGCUACAGCUAUUCAACGGCGUACCAGCAGGGGGCGUUCACACUCACGGCGACUACCAAGACGUCAGCCCUAUCGCCGAGCCUGAUGUCACUAAAGAAGCUCCACCGGUUACAGUGGAAAUGCCUGACGAGGCUCUCAAGGCGACGCCUGAUGUUGUUCAUAUUCCUCCUCAGGUUGUCAAAGAGACUAAGGAAGUGCCAGCUCCUGUUGUUAAGGAGCCCAUUCCUCCAGGUUUCAAGGAGACGCCUGCUCCUGUUGUAAAGGAGACUCCCGCUACUGUUGUCAAGCAGAUUUCUCCUGUGGUUGCCAAGGAAACGCCUACACCAGUUGAAGAGGAAGCUGCUCCACAGGUUACCCAGGAGGCUGUCAUCAAGGAAACUCCUGUUGUUAAGGAGAUGCCUGCUCCGAGUACUAAACAAACCCCGGAAACUGUUGUUAGCAAACCGCCUCCGCCUGUUGUCAAAGAAGCACCUUCACUUGCUGCCAAGGAAACACCCGAACCAGUCGUCAAGGAAACCACUGCACCCUCAGAGGUCAUUGCGGAUGUUUCUAAAGCCACACCCCCUUCAAUAGAAGAGCGGGAGGACACGCCCACUCCACAGACCACUCCCUCCGAGAGUACUAUGCAAGCGGUUUCUGUGCCAAAGAAGAAGAGAAAAAUGAAAGAUCUUAACAAGAAGGAGGCAGGCGAUGUGCUUGAUGCCUUUAAAGAGCCCACGCCCCCUGAGCCAGAGGCCACACCCCCAGUGAAGGCGGAGCCAGAGAGCACCGUCCUGGUGGCCCCGCCUCCUGUAGAAGAUGUGGAUGAGACCUGGGAGGAAAAAGAAGAUAAACUCGAUGCUGAAAACAUCAAGCCGCAGAGUCCCACCCCCACCUCGCCCACUGAACAGAAAUACCAGUACAAAGAAGAACAAUGGAAACCUCUGAACCCAGAGGAGAAGAAGAAAUACGAUCGAGAGUUUCUGCUCGGCUUCCAGUUUAUCAGUGCCAGCAUGCACAAACCUGAGGGACUACCACAAAUCUCAGACGUAGUUCUGGACAAGGCCAAUAAAACUCCUCUGAGGCAGUUGGAUCCGAGUCGUUUGCCUGGAAUGAACUGCGGUUCAGACUUCACGCCUUCAUUCGCCAACCUCGGUCGCCCAUCAGUCGGGGGGCGUGGCCCGCCGUCCGGUCUGAGCGGCCCUCGCCGUUCCGGUCAGGGCCAGCGCGGGAAGGAGCCACGUAAGAUCAUCGCGAGCGUUUCCCUGAAUGAGGACGUGCAGCUGAAUAAAGCGGAGAAGGCUUGGAAGCCGUCUGUGAAGGGCGGGAGUCGUGUUGAGGAGGACGCCGCUGAUGGAAUAAAGACGCAAGAGCUGUUCAAACGUGUACGCAGCGUGUUAAACAAACUGACGCCGCAGAUGUUCCAGCCGCUCAUGAAGCAGGUGACCGAACUGAGCAUUGACACGGAGGAGCGUCUGAAGGGAGUCAUCGACCUCAUCUUUGAGAAAGCCAUCUCUGAACCGAACUUCUCGGUCGCUUACGCCAACAUGUGCCGCUGCCUGAUCAGUCUUAAAGUUCCCACAACAGAUAAACCUGGAGUGACGGUGAAUUUCAGGAAGCUGUUGCUGAAUCGCUGUCAGAAAGAGUUCGAGAAGGACAAAGACGAUGAUGAAACGUUUGAGAAGAAACAGAAAGAGCUGGACGCCGCCUCAGGGGAGGAGGAGAAGCAAAGGUUGAAGGAGGAGCUCGAAGAUGCCAAAGACCAAGCCCGGCGACGGUCGCUAGGCAACAUCAAAUUCAUAGGCGAGUUGUUCAAGUUGAAGAUGUUAACGGAGACUAUCAUGCACGACUGUAUCGUUAAACUGCUGAAGAAUCACGAUGAGGAGAGUUUAGAGUGUCUCUGUCGACUGCUGUCAACCAUCGGGAAAGAUCUGGACUUCGAGAAGGCAAAGCCGAGAAUGGAUCAAUAUUUUCACCAGAUGGAGAAAAUUAUUAAGGAGAAGAAAACCUCUUCCAGAACUCGUUUCAUGUUGCAGGAUGUUCUUGAUUUACGAAGGAAUAACUGGGUCCCUCGCAGAGGAGAUCAGGGGCCAAAGACUAUCGAGCAGAUCCACAAGGAGGCGGAGCUUGAAGAGCACAGAGAACAGGCCAAAGUUCAACAGCAGCUGCUGUCUAAGAAGGAUGGCCGCAGUGGUGGUGGAGGAGGAGGAGGAGGGGGAGGAGGAGGGGGGGUCGGUGGUCUGGGGCCCCGCGGUGGACCGCACGGACCUGGUUCCCGUGGCAACCAGGCCCCUGAUGACGGCUGGAACACGGUGCCCAUUUCCACCAAAAACAGACCGAUUGAUCCCACACGACUCAGCAAGAUCACUAAGCCGGGCGCUUUGGACUUCAAUAACCAGCUUCUUGCCCCAGGGGGUAAAGGAACAUGGGGCAGUUGGGGCAAAGGGAGUAGCGGAGGCUCGGGGGCCAAACCCAGCGACAGCGGAUCUCAGGAGUUUGGUCGCGCGAGCAAUCUGAAUCGAUUCUCAGCACUUCAGCAGCCUUCCUCAUCUUCCUCAUCAUCUUCUGCCAACAUCGACUCUGACAGGAGGGUUCCUAACAGGAAUAGCUCCAGUCGGGAACGAAGCGAUCGUUUUGACCGCCGUGAUGAUCGCAUGGACAGGGGCGGUGACCGCUACGAUCGCCGUGACGAUCGCGGAUCAGACCGGCUGGACCGGAAUCGUCCCGCGGUCAGCAAGCGAAGUUUCAGCCGCGAGAAGGACAGGAGCCGGGAGCAAGACCAGCGUCCUGUUGAAACGGUCCGCCGCGUGUCCAGCAUGACAGACGAGCGCGAGAGAGAAAGAGAACGCUGUAACCGCGAGAAUGUGAAGAGAGAGACCGUACCGACUCCUCCACCUAUUUCCUCUAAACCUGCCCUGACAGAAGAAGAACUGGAGAAGAAAUCAGCUGCCAUCAUAGAGGAAUACUUGCACAUCAAUGACAUGAAGGAGGCAUUGCAGUGCGUCAGUGAGCUGAACUGCGCAUCUCUGCUUUCUGUGUUUGUGCGGACGGGAAUCGAGUCGACGCUGGAGCGCAGCACCAUCACCAGAGAGCACAUGGGUUUACUGUUUCACCAACUUGUCAAAACACAAACACUAUCAACACAACAAUACUUCAAAGGGCUGUUGGAGGUGUUGGAAGUGGCAGAGGAUAUGGCUAUAGAUAUUCCUCACUUCUGGCUGUAUCUGGCUGAACUCAUCUGCCCCCUGCUGCAUGAGGGGGGCAUUCCAAUGGGCCCGCUGUUCAGGGAGGUGUCUAAACCACUGGAGCCUCUGGGGAAAGCUGGAGUUUUACUGGCACAGAUCCUCAACCUGCUCUGCAAAGCAAUGAGUCAUAAGAAGGUGGGACUGAUGUGGAGGGAGGCGGGGCUUAGCUGGAAAGACUUCCUGCCAGAAGAUGAGGACGUCAAUAAGUUUGUCACCGAGAAGGGAGUAGAAUUCACUCUGGGAGACGAGUGUGUGAAGAGUAGCAGUAAAUCUUCUCUGAGUUCAGAAGAGAUCUCGAGAGAACUCGAGCGACUGCUACAAGAGAAAGCCGACAACCAGAGGAUCUUUGACUGGGUUGAGGCUAACCUGGAUGAGCAGCAAACGGCAACCAACACAUUCAUCCGAGCGCUGAUGACAGCAGUUUGUCAGUCUGCCGUCAUCUGUGAGAACCCAUAUAAAGUAGAUGCUAAAGAAAUUACCCAGAGGGCCAAGCUGCUGCAACGCUACCUUAAAGACGAACAGAAAGAACUGCAGGCGCUGUAUGCUCUCCAGAGUCUCAUGGUUCAAAUGGAGCAACCUCCGAAUUUGCUGCGGAUGUUUUUUGACGUGUUGUAUGACGAGGACGUCAUAAAAGAGGAGGGCUUCUAUAGGUGGGAGUCGAGCAAAGACCCCGCGGAACAGCUGGGCAAGGGCGUCGCCCUCAAAUCAGUCACCGCCUUCUUUACCUGGCUGCGCGAAGCUGAGGACGAAUCAGACAACAGCUAGAUUUUUGGCCCCGCCCACUAAGAACGUUUGACGUGGAGUACAAAUGGAAAAAAAACAAUUGGGAGGUUUUCAGUAUUUGGACAUCUGGUGAUUUUUUGUUUUUUUUUGUUUUGUUUGUUUAGUCUUUCGGUUGCGCAAGGAAAUAACGAGUAUUAGAGGAUAUCAAGCCUUACCUGCUCACCACAGUUUGUGGGGUUUUAGUCGUUUGCAUUGCUGCUUGCUCUUUCAUGCUCCUGCUGCCAUGGAGACGGACAUUGCUGACAUCAUCGUAUCAUUAGUUUAUGAUGUCACUCCCUGGUUCUAUUUUUUGUUCGGAAACCCUUUAUAUUAUUAUCUCUGACCUAGUUUUGCGUGGACCGGGUGAUCGCGUGCGUACGAGGAGGAUUGCCGUUUAGUUUUGGACUUUUUUUUUUUUUUUUUUUCCUCUGUGGGAUUUUGUUUUUGAGUGAUUUGAGGUCUUUUCUUUUUCUACUUUUUUAUGAUGGAAAAAUCUAACAAAAACAAAAAUGCAAAUCGUGUCGCCCGUUUCAGAGCUGCGAGUUUUGGCGGACUGUGUCGUUUCGUUGCAGCUCCGGGCGAUGCGUGCACGGGAACGUGCUAGAGACAUGAACUUUGACCUUUUUGCUGCUGCUCGCCGGGGGGACGUUUCUGCCGGUCUGACCUCACCUGACCUGACAUGCGGUUCCAUAACACAUCAAACUUAAUGGAAAAAUAAAAAACUUAAAAAAAUAAGAAAUAAAGAGGGGCGGACUCUUUGAAGAGGAGAGAUUGUGGAGGUUUACUGCACCUUCUGCAUCUGUAGUGGACUUUACAAAAUAAAUCAUUAUUACAGCUUGAAAAUAUAUAUAUAUAUAUAUAUAUAUAUAUAUAUAUAUAUAUAUAUAUAAACUCUUUAAAAAUGUUUAAGAGAAAAAAAUAAUGCAAAAAGCUGGAGAAUGAGAGAGUUUGAAUACUACAUGCCUUCUGGGCUUCCUGGAGUGGAGGUGCAUUUCAGGAGCGCCCUGUAAAUAAUCUUUUUUUUUUUUUUUUUUUUUUUUUUUUUGGAAAUAGAAA